AUGACUGACUACACGCAAAACCCAUUUGCUUCAACGCAUUCUCUCGACACGAACCCGUUUGACGACCCACCACAGCGCUCUUCUCCCGCUGCAGAUGCACGACUCGAGGAGAUUCGUCGUCGGGAACAAGACCUCGCACGACGCGAGGCGGAACUAAACAACAAAGCCGAACAUAUCCGCCGUCACGGGCGUAACAACUUUCCGCCUUUCUUCCCUUUGAUUUUCCAUUCCAUUCCGGACGAGAUCCCAGAAGCAUCUCGUCCGCUCAUUACACGCCUCUUCCAGCUCUGGCUCGUGCUUGCAGCAACAACCGUCGUAAACCUAGUUGCCUGUAUCAUUGCCCUUAUAUCCGGAUCCUCGACCGGUGGAGCAGACCUGGGUGGCAGCAUUGGAUACCUGAUAUUCAUUCCGGUCCUCGCCUUCCUCCUGUGGUACCGGCCCAUAUACAACGGCUACAUGAAGGAGCAAGCAUUAUACUUUUACCUGUACUUCUUCUUUUGCGGAUUCCACCUUCUCUAUAGUAUCUACAUGAUUAUCGGAAUUCCAAGUACCGGCUCAGCUGGUCUCUUCCUGACGAUCCGAUUUUUCUCGAACCGCCACUGGGUUGCCGCCGUCUUUGGUGUGAUCGCGACGGUAGGAUGGAGUGUGCAAGGAGUCGGGAACGCAUACUAUUACCGAGAAAUAUACAACCACCACACAGCCGCGGGCCACACCAUGGAGAAGGCCAAAACGGAGCUCGCGAGCCACGGCGCCAAGGCGUAUUUCACGAGAGGAUGA